AUGGCUACUGGAAACGAAGUUGUUGAUGUGCCUGCCGACAACAUCAACCAAAGCACUAUCUCUACCUUAGUUGUCCAACUGUCCGGAUCAUCCUCUGCCCUCGCUGCGGUUUCUGUCCACCAUGGUGAGAAACCCGAAAAGUUCAACGGAUCGAACUUUAAAAGGUGGCAGCAAAAGAUGCCGUUUUACUUAACGACCUUGAAUGUUGCGAGAUUCUUGACCGAGGAAGCUCCUAAGCUAUCCGAGGGACAAACGGAUAAGCAAGCCUUUAACGCCGUUAAGGCCUGGAAGCACUCUGACUUCCUAUGUAGGAACUACGUCAUGAACGGUUUACAUGACUCGCUGUACAAUGUCUAUUGUGCAAUAAAAACAGCAAAGGAGUUAUGGGAAUCCUUGGAUCGAAAAUAUAAAACAGAGGAUGCCGGAGCAAAGAAAUUUGCUGUCGAUCGAUUCCUUGAAUAUAAGAUGGUGGAUUCUAAGACCGCUGAAGGCAUGAUCUUGAGUGAAACCUUCCAAGUAGCUUCUAUUAUUGAGAAGCUACCUCCUGGGUGGAAGGAUUUCAAGAACUACCUCAAGCACAAGCGAAAGGAAAUGAACCUAGAGGAGCUGAUUGUUAGACUUCGAAUCGAAGAAGAUAACAGAGGUUCCGAACGCAGAGGGUUCAAUCCUACUACGGCUAAAGCAAAUGUUGUGGAACAUAGGCAUGGCCCCAAGAACAAGAAGAUUGCCAAGCCAAAGUUGGGACCAAAAGGAGGAGUUUCCAAGAACAAGUUUCAAGGAAAAUGCUUCAACUGUGGCAAGAUGGAUCAUAGAUCCGUGGAUUGCAGAUUUCCAAAGAAGAAGAGUUAUGAAACAAAUAUGGUGAAUGACAUCACUCAAGAUGUGUCGGAUAUAAACCUCUCUGCAAUGGUUUUGAAGUGA